AUGCCCGCACUCUCACCCACCAUGACCGCCGGAAACAUUGGUACCUGGCAGAAGAAGGCCGGUGAUGCUCUGGCUCCNGGUGAUGUCCUUGUCGAGAUCGAGACCGACAAGGCCCAGAUGGAUUUUGAGUUCCAAGAGGAGGGUGUUUUGGUGAAGGUCCUCAAGGACUCGGGCGCAAAGGAUGUUGCUGUCGGAAACGUAAGAGAACACAAGCUCCAAGCAGAGCGAGCAACACUCUUUACUGACACUGUUGCANNGCCCAUCGCCGUCAUGGCCGAGGAGGGUACCGAUGUCUCAGCCUUCGACUCUUUCACCGUUGAGGACGCUGGUGGUGAGAAGGAGGCCAAGGAGGGCAGUGGACAGGAGGCCGCCAACGCCUCUGAGCCCCCAUCCAACUCUUCCAGCACUGCUCCCGCUCCUGCUCAGUCAUCUCCUGCUCCCCAAGCCCAGGAGUCCGAGUCGACCGGUGAGCGUCUCCAGACCGCUCUCGAGCGUCAGCCCAAGCUCAGCCCCGCUGCCCAGAAGCUCGCCCUUGAGAAGGGUGUUGCAAUCAGCCAGGUCAAGGGCACUGGCCCCGGUGGUCGCGUCACCAAGGAGGACAUUGAGAAGUUCAAGCCCGCUGCUACCGCUGGUGCCGUCCCCGCCGGUGUCCCCACCUACGAGGACGUCCCUGCCUCGUCCAUGCGCAAGACCAUUGCCGCUCGUCUGACCCAGUCCAUGAACGAGAACCCCCACUACUUUGUCGCCUCGUCCAUCUCGGUUAGCAAGCUCAUGAAGCUCCGCCAGGCCCUGAACUCGGCCGCCGACGCCAAGUACAAGCUUUCGGUCAACGACUUCCUCGUCAAGGCUCUCGCCGCCGCUGCCCGCAAGGUCCCUGCUGCCAACUCCAGCUGGCGUGAGGAGAACGGCAACGUCUUCGUCCGUCAACACAACACUGUUGACGUCUCGGUCGCUGUCGCUACCCCCGUCGGUCUCAUGACCCCCAUUGUCAAGAACGUCAACGGUACCGGUCUCGAGUCCAUCUCCAGCCAGAUCAAGGAGCUCGGCAAGCGUGCCCGUGACGGCAAGCUCAAGCCCGAGGAGUACCAGGGCGGUACCAUCACCAUUUCCAACAUGGGCAUGAACGCUGCCAUUGACAGAUUCACUGCUGUCAUCAACCCUCCCCAGGCCUGCAUCAUCGCCGUUGGCGCCGUCAAGAAGGUCGCCAUUCCCUCUGAGAAUGAGGACGGCAUUGAGUGGGACGAGCAGAUCGUCAUCACCGGUUCUUUCGACCACAAGGUCGUUGACGGUGCUGUCGGUGGUGAGUUCAUGAAGGAGCUCAAGGCCGCCAUUGAGAANCCCCUCAGCUUGAUGCUGUAA